AUGACUCUUGGUCAUCCUGCAGCCGGAAUCUCUAUGACGGCGUUGCCUAGACUGGAGCUUCAAGCUCUUGUCAGYCUUUACUUAACUGACUGUCCGCUUGAAAGAAGUUCAUUCAGUACCUUGGUGAUCGACAACAGAACAAGAUACUUCAGAGUAAAGAAACCACUUGAAGUCGUAGCAGGUACUCAAGGUAAACAAGGUCCUCGAGGGUUUGACGGGACUCCAGGCAAGCAAGGACCUCCCGGAGCUCCUGGUACACCCGGUAUCACUGGUCCUCAGGGUCUUUCAGCCUAUUUCAACUGGAAAGAAUGUUCGUGGACAAACGUCCACGAAGGAAAAGACAAUGGCCUGAUCAGGGAUUGUCUUUUCUACAAGAAGUUCACGGAUUCCAUCCUCCAUGUCUACUGGAAUGGCGAUUUUAGAAUUGGUAGUUGCAACGCCUGCUGUAAGCGCUGGUUCUUCACAUUCAACGGUUCUGAAUGCAAGGCUCCACGUGCAAUUGAUGGUAUAGUGUACAUGGCAAAAGGUGUGGGUCAUUUCAUCCACCGUGUUCGCCAUAUUGAAGGUCACUGUGACAAGAUCCACAAGGGACAUAUUCGUGUGGGCUUCAAUGUCGGGAACUGUGCCGGGUUUGGAAAUGCUGACGCCCAUACCGGGUGGAAUUCAAACAGUCGUCUCUUUAUAGAGGAGGUACCCAGACCCCAGCCGUAG